UGGAAAGAUUCAAAGUUCGAUAAGGUCAGCAUAGAAAGGAACGUGUGCAAAUAUUCAACUUCAAGUCAUCGUUUUGAAAACCUUUUCUUUCCAUUUCCACCAUCAUCUUCUCUUCCCUCAAUCGACCAUGUCAUCUUCCCACACACAAUCAUUAACAGAGGAAGAAAUUGAUCAAUUCAUCAAAACUCUUGAUCACAACAAGGAUGGCAAGAUCAGUUUUGCCGAAUUGGAACAACAAUUAGACCAUGCAUUUGAAGAGCUUAAACCACACGUAGCACGAAAGACGGAAAAGGACGUCGAAGCGGAUAUAGAUGAAGAAAAAGCUGUACAACGUAGACAUGCAUUCAUUCGAAAGAUGUUGGGAGAAGAACAUGGAGAAUGUAUACCGGUCCAACAAUUCAAAGACCGAAUACAGAAUUGGAAAAUACCUUCACUUGAACAAGAGAAACAAAACGAAAAGGAAGAAGGAGAUCACCUCAAACGGGCGUCAUUUCGAAGAAAAAUGUAUGCUUGGUGGAGAGUUGUCGGACCAGAGUACGUAUUCAUGGCAGUUGUCGUGGCCUUGCAAUUAGGGCUUGGGAUAUGGCAAUGUCUCAAAUACGCUCUAGGCAGAGAAUAUCAAGCUGCUUUUGGUUGGGGUGUAGCUCUGGCAAAGUUCUCAGCAGGUGCUUUGUAUCCCACCUUAUUCUUCCUCUUAUUGAGUAUGUCAAGAUGGUGGUCAACUGCAAUGAGAAGAUUUUAUUACGUUUCAAGAUUUAUCAAUUGGGAUCAUGCUCAAGCUUUUCAUAUCUUGAUGUCCGUUGAGACCCUUCUUUUUGCAACUUUGCAUGCAAUCGGCCAUCUUUCAGGCUCGUUCAACUUUGGCAGCAUGCCUGAUCGACAAGCAGCAGUUGGUCAACUUUUAGGACAAGAUGCAAUCCCAAAACGAUAUAUUGACUACGUCCGUACGUUACCAGGUUCUUCCGGAUUGACUGCUUUGGGGACACUAUACUGCAUCUCCUUAUUGAGUAUGCCGAUCGUACGUAAAUGGUCUUACGAACUCUUUCAAUCAGCGCAUUUGCUCAUGUUCCCGUUUAUUGGUCUAUUGAUGGCACACGGAGCAAGAAGGUUGUUGCAAUAUCCUGUAUUGGGUUUUAUACUCGCCAUUCCGACAUUGUUGAUUUUACUUGAACGUGGAACACGACUGAUUAGAAGUUUCAUCUCAAUUCCUGCAACAAUCACAAUUCUGGAUAAGGAAACAGUAUGUGUUUCUUGUCAAAUACCUGAUUCACGUAUUUGGCCAUACGAAGCCGGUCAAUUUGUAUUUUUGCAAGUUCCUCAAUUAUCAAGAUUUCAAUGGCAUCCUUUCACGAUUUCUUUGUGUUUAGAUCGUGAGAUGCAAUUGCACAUUAAAACAGAUGGGGAUUGGACAGGUAAAUUACGUGAUUUAGCAGGAGAAGAGCCUAUCAAGAUUGGAUUGGACGGUCCUUUUGGCGCACCUGCACAACGAUUUUAUGAUUUUGAUCAAGCGAUCAUCGUUGGAGCAGGAAUUGGAAUAACACCAUUCAGUGCAAUUUUACACGAUUUACAAGAACGAGAAGAUCAUAGAUGGAAGAAAAACGACAAGCAGGACAAACAACAGCUAAGCAGACAUCCAUCAAUUUUACCCGAUCACAAUCACAUCGAUUUGGAAUUGUAUAGAAGAGUGGAUAUGCAUUGGAUCGUUCGAGAUAAGAAUGCAUUGCUUUGGUUUUCGGAUUUAUUGAAUGAUAUUAGCAAUGACGAAAAAGGACAUGAUCGUGAUCAUUUGGAUAUUCGAAUUUUUAAUCAUGUUACACGCAAACAUGAUGAUAUUUCACUUCAUAUCUUUCGAUGGUUACUUGAACAAAACAGAACGGAAGAAAAUCAACAAUCACCUUUGACUGGUUUAAUUGCACCAACUCAUUUCGGACGGCCGAAUUUUAAGGAAAUUAUGCAAAAACAUUAUACACAAAUGCAAGAAUUAUUUGCUUCUCAACCCAAACGUAAACGUAAAAUCGGAGUAUUUUUUUGCGGUUCUCCGAUCAUUGGCGCUCAAUUGGCUGAUUUAUGUGAUGAAUGUACUCUGCUUGGCGUUCGAGAUGGAAGUUUGAUUGAAUAUCAUUUUCAAAUUGAAGUUUUUGGUUGAAAAAAGGUUGUACAUUAUCAUAUGAUGAUG